AUGUCCUCAAGCUUCUCGGGGUCUUAUUCAUUGUGGCGUUCCUAUCACGAUAUUUUUACGUCACUUGUUCAUAACAAUCCUGGCUUGAACGAGACCCAAAAAAUGCAUUUUUUGAAAGAAAGUUUGACAGGCGAUGCCGAACGUCUUCUGCAUCAUUUAGAUCUUAAAGGCAUGGGAUUUAUUGAAAGUCUUUUUUGGCCAACCUGUAUACAAAGUAAGGAAUCUGCCGAAACCCUUAAAAGCUUACUUGACACAACAAUCGAAGUUGUUCAUGCUCUGGAAAAUUUAGGAUUACCAGUGAAGGACUGGGACACAAUAUUAAUUUAUAUUCUCUUUCAAAAACUAUCCGCCAAAACCCAACAGCUAUGGGAAGAAAAGCUCGGCAAUAACAAAGAACUCCCAACCUUCGCCGAUUUUACUGAUUUUCUUAAAUCACGUUUUCGGACUUUGGAAGCUAUUGUGCAGCAAGCCAGUUGCACUACACAGCCAAAGCUAGUCACGAAAUCGCCUGUCACAGCUAAAACAUUUCAUGCUAAAACCCAAAAACAACAAUUUAAAACGCAAUAUCAAUGUCAAAUUUGCAAAAAAGGACAACACUCGUUGAUGAAAUGUUAUCGGUUUUUAAACAUGGAUGCGGUACAAAAGCAACAGGCUGUACAGCAAGCUGGAGUGUGUGAAAACUGUCUUGCUUACAGCCACAAAACUCGUUUUUGUUUAAGUAACCGGUCCUGUUAUUUUUGUAACCAAAAACAUCACUCUUUUUUGCACAACAAUUUACACACACAAAAUACGAUUUCUAAUCCUAGUAACUCAAUUUCACAAAAUUCAAGUUCUAAUGCGAACAACUCAGCACAUUUUCAACAACGAAGUUCACAACUUCAGAACCAACAGGUAGCCGUGAAUCCAAAUGCUCCUGCUUUCCAACCAACAGGCGAAAGUGUUCCUGGUUGCAAUACCCGACACAAUUUUUAUGCGUCUCAAGUCCACGGUACUCAAAUUUUAUUAGCCACUGCGAUCGUUAGAGUUAAAUGUGAAUAUGGAAGAUUUUCAGAUCUCAGAGCACUUAUUGACCCAGGCUCAGAUGCCACUUUUAUCUCUGAGUCAGCAGCAAGGCUUUUAAAUCUCACCCAACACCAAACAAAUGUUAAUGUAUCAGGGCUAGGGAAGGUCAGCAGCGGCAUCAGUCAAAGUUACGUUAACAUAAUGUUUAAAUCUAAGCAUUCGACGUUUGAAGGCGCAACCAAAGCGUACAUUUUUAAAUCGUUGACUGGCCUUCUUCCGACCCACAAAAUGAUACCACACAAUUAUGAUCAUUUGGCUAAUUUGCAGUUAGCAGAUCCUGAAUUUUAUGUUCCCGCUCCAAUCGACAUACUUUUCGGCUCAGAUGUUUAUCCGGACAUUAUAUUACCGGAAAUUAUUCGCAGUGAGCACGUAGUCGCUCUAAUUGCACAAAACACCCAAUUGGGAUGGAUUAUAUUGGGUAAGAAUCCUGAAGUUAUUCCAAAGUCGAUCCGAAGUUUCUUCCAACACAUUGAUCUCGAUACACAAAUCCGAAAAUUUUGGGAGAUUGAAGAAAUUCCUGUCGUGAUUCGAGCUUCAGAAGAGGAUAUUGCCUGCGAAAAGUAUUUUAAUGAAACAACUAAGCGAUUAUGUGAUGGGCGGUACGAAGUGAAUCUUCCAUUUAAAGUAGGAUUUCAUCCUGAACUAGGAUCCAGCAAAGAAAUGGCAACUCGACGUUUUUUAUCUUUGGAACGACGAUUUGAAAGGGACCCAAAAUUGCAAGAAAGUUACAGCCAAUGUAUCAUGGAAUACCUUAUUUUGAAACACAUGGAAGAAGUAGACGUAAACGACCCAAUUUUGAAAACCCCUUUUCACUAUUUUCUUCCUCAUCAUGCUGUAUUUAAAGAAUCGAGUUCUACCACAAAAUUAAGAAUCGUUUUUGAUGCAGCCUCAAAAACCUAUGAUGGUACAUCCUUAAAUCAACACCUGAUGACAGGUCCUAAACUUCAAAAGAACAUUGUUGACAUAAUUUUAAAAUGGCGAACAUUCAAAUUUACAAUAACAGCUGAUAUUGAGAAGAUGUAUCGCCAAAUUUUUGUGCAAGAACUGGAUAGAUACUAUCAACUCAUUAUUUGGCGUGAAAAUCCAAAGCAACCCAUCAAGGUCUUUAAACUGAAGACGGUCACUUUUGGCACGGCUUGA